AAUAGAUGGCAAUUAUAUAGCAUUAGUUUGUAUCAUUACAUAUUUCAUUGAUAUUAUAGGCUCCCGGUAGAUUAAGUAGUGAGGAACAGAAUUACGUCAGAAUGUCAAAGAUAGUUCUAGAGGUAUUAUCAGGCGUUUUAUACGAUCGCUUAUUCUUAGAUACAAAGACUGGAGAAAUACUUGAUCGUAAAAAGUUGGACAUAACAGAAAUGUGUAAGAAAUAUUGUGCUUUAAAAAUAAACUCUCCAAGUAAAGGCUUUAGGAAAAUAGAAGAGGUUGACCAGAUUUCUACCAAUGAAGAUGCUAUUGGUGACGACAUUCAACGGAUACGUGUGAUCAGAAAUGAAAUGCAGCAUUCUUCUGUCUUUGCAUUAGAUGACACACGAUACCAAACACUAAUCACUAUAGUUCAUGAUAUGCUAACUAGAUUUGAUCAGCGUAACAAUCCAGCAGGUGAAUCCUACGUAAAACGAUUAGACGAAAUCAGGAAAAUGGAAUUAGAGACAAGGAGUUUUGAAGACAUAAAAGAACGAAUGAAAGCAGGAUUGAUAGAAAAGAUUCAUGCAGUUGUCGAUAGUGUGGUAUCUGAUGCUUUGAACGAUAUGUGUUAACUCAUUUUUGUAUUCACCAUUUGCGGUCAAUGGGAUAAAUAUUGAAUAUGUGAAAAAUUCGCAUAUUAGAAAAGUGUAAUGAACUACUCAAACUAUAAUUUACUAAUUAAAUUGACAAAAAAGUCAAUGGUAAACAAUAAAUAUAAACAAGAAGAUGCGGUUUGAAAACUCUCCAUUCGAGUCCCAAUGUAAUAAAAGUUAACAAUAGGUCAAAGUACGAAGCCGCGGCGCACACCAAUCAGCAAACUAUAAAUUCUAGCGUAAAACCAUUCAUACAGGACGACCGAUGUCUUAUUACAGAGACACACAUAUGAACCAAACCAACAAACCACAUCUGUGGAAUAAUAGGUUACUGACCUAGGACAAGCGCAUACAAAUGCAGAAUGUGUUUGAUAUAUUAACUAGUAUUUCAAGAUAAGUUAAAACAUAGCUGUUAAUCAUAAAGCUAAAUCAUCAAUAUGUUUUAUCAUUAAAAAAAAGCUUCGUGUCGAAAGUUGUGAAAUCAAGGUAACAUUUUUAGAACAGUUCAUAAAAGAAUGAGUGUCUAGCUGGCUAGUUUUUUUCAUUUUCAUAAGGUGAGCGUACUGAUAUAAUACCAGUUAGACACCAUUUGAAGCAAUAAUUUCAAUGUCCAACAUUCUUAACAUAUUGACCAAAUUACUUAUUAACUUCAGUUUUACAUAUUUAAUCAAUCAAUCAAUCAAAAUUGUGUCAUUUCAACGCAAAGUAAUCAAUAUUCUUUGCGUUGAAAUGACACAAUGUUGAUUGAUUGAAUGAUUGAUUGUUAAUUACUAAACGUACUGUGGCAAAUGUUUCAUGAAUGUUCAGGACAAAAACAAAAUAACAAUGAAUACCACCACAGCUCCUGUAAUAUAAGCCGUCUGGGAUUAAGGGCAGUGAAAUUUACCUGUAUAGGUGUGUAUGAUCCUGGUAAAGAUGGUUUAUGAACAAUAACAUAACAAUUUAUU